CGCCGGAGCAGCUAGUGCGCAUGUCCGCGGCUCAACAACUUGCUGCUGGAGCGGACAAGUACAAAGAGCUGCCGGCGGAGCGGUGCGGUGCGGUGCGGUCGGGACGUGCUGCGCGCCACGGGACUCAGUCAAAGCGUUUACACGUUUGCUUUUAGUUAUUUCAGCGUCCGGACGACUCCACCUCCACGGAUUUAGACGCCGAGAACAAAGCGGAGGAGUUGCAUUCACGUCCACAGCAGCAGCCUGGGAGACGGCGGCGUGGUAACGCGUUUGCAGGUUGCAUGGUUCUCUGGACUUGACGCAUGGCAGUUGCAUGAGCGCAGUAGGUCUUGACUGAGAGCACACAGCUGCAGCCAUGGCUCAAACCAUGCACGUGAACGGCACCGGCCCAGAAAGAGGUCAUAGAUGCCCGAGUACCGAAGAAGACAAGGACUCUGUGGCGCCGUACUACGUUGAAACCCCCUACGGUUAUCAGCUGGACCUGGAUUUCCUCAAGUAUGUCGACGACAUUGAGAAAGGCAACACCAUCAAGAAAGUGAGUAUCCAGAGGAAGCCCAAAGUGACCAAACCCUCGGCGGGGCCUCGGGGCAGCACUCAGGCUGAAUGGACCUCCACAGACUCCCUGUCCUCCUCCAACAGCGACGACAAGCAGUCCCCGGUCUUCUUCGCCCCCAGAGCCCCAGCCGCUGCCCCACUGACCCCCACCCUCUCUAGGGCAACCUGUGAAGUCUUGCUGCAACAGUCCUAUUCGAGCACCACGGAGCAGAAACCGCUCUUGCCGCCUCCUUCUCCGCGGUUUGCCCCUCGUCACAACCCACAAGUAGAGAAGACCCUCAUGGAGACCCGGCAGCGGCUUGAACAGGAGCGACUGCUCCUGCAGCAUCACAGCGAGCCCCCAAUGCCCCGCCGCCGCCUUGCUAGCUUCGGUGGCAUGGGCUCCAGCAGCUCGCUGUCCUCUUACUCAGGCUCCGUUGCCCCAAGCCAGAUCUCUCCUGGCACCCAUCAGGCUCUGCCCAUCAACGGCCAUGUCUCCAAUGGAGAGUAUAACCCCUACUACUACCCACCAUCCAUGGGCAGCUCCAUCCGCCACAGCCCACUGAGCUCUGGCAUGGCCACGCCUGUGACAAACGUUAGCCCAUUACACCUCCAGCAAAUUCGGGAGCAAAUGGUGGUGGCCCUCAAGAAGCUAAAGGAGCUAGAGGAGCAGGUGAAAACCAUUCCUAUCUUACAGGUUAAGAUUGCUGUUCUGCAAGAAGAAAAAAGACAAUUGGCUGCUCAGUCCAAAAACCCACUUUCUGGUGGUUUCCGUAAGCGCUCCUACAGUGUUGGCAGCGCUGACCAAAUGGAAAACCCGGGGCCCAUUCAGAAAGAACCAGAGCUGCACAUUAUGGAGCCUGAAGCCCAGGAGCAGAGCACCCAGCGGCUGGAGGAGUUCAGGCGACUAGCUGCCGAGGUACAAGCUCUGGAGAAGACGACACUGGACAAUAAUAUGACUGAAUAUCAGCCUCACGCCUUAAUACAAAACCAGGCUCACCAAAAGUCCAUCGGCACACUAACUGAUGAAAACAUGAACAACCUCGCUGUCUCUCAGAGGAGCCCGACUAUAGAACUUUGUUUUCAAGAAGCGGGAGUGGAGACGGAGAGGCAGGAAAUGCGCAGCACAUCGGUUGGCGUAACGGAGGCGAUGCUGGGCAUGACGAGCGAAGCUGAGAGAGAGAUCGAGCUUCAGCAGCAGACCAUCGACGCAAUGAAGGAGAAGAUCUACCGCCUGGAGGUGCAGCUCAAAGAAACCACCCACCAGAUGGAGAUGGGAAAACUGAAGCUGGAGCUUCAGGCAGCUGGUGGGUCAAACAAGAAAAAAGCCGACAAAGCUCUGAUGGCCAGGCCUGAGAUGUACAACGCCUGCGUGGAGGCCAAAGUCCAGAUGCUCAAUCAGGGAGUUGGUGACCAUCUGGAGUGCAGCCAUGUUGGCACAGAUAACUCUGUACAGCUGAGCUCUAUCGGCGUGUCCUGUCAGCCCCACGUGCAAGACAUCGGCACAGGCCCAGAGGUCCCCAUGGACCGGUGGGUGGUGCACGAGCGCAUUGAGGUGGAGGACAAGUGUGUGGGGAGACGGGUGGAUACACGCCAUCAGCACGUCGGCGUGGAGCUGAAUGUUUGUGAGGCGGGAGUGAACACAGAAGAGUCCGUAGACCGCUUGACUCUCUGCAAAUCCGUGACGGAUCUGAGCAAAGAGUCGAGAUCCGUCGGCUGUGGAGACUGUUCCGUCGAUGUUCUGGUUGGUCCCAUUAGGACGCUGGUGUCGCAAGGGACUGACCCAGAGUCUGUGGGCAAGGUGGAUACUUCAGUCAUGGCUGCCCCCGAGUCAGCGACGCGGCACACCAAUACCGAGACGGGAGCUGCAAACAAGUCGACGAACACACAAACGCUUCUCCUGACGGACUCUUUCACUGACAUGGAGCUGAACACUUGCGACAAACACACCAACACGACUGUGACAGAAACGAGGACGGUCGCCGCCGGGGAAGGCCUCGUCAAAGAGCUACACUCCACAGCCAAGACUCGUUCGAUUGCCGUCGGAACCACCACAGACGUGGAGUUGACACUUGGCAAAUCGGGUUCGACUAAAACCAAAGAAUGUGGGGUGGGACCAGUUAGCGUCCAUGAGAAUUUCUUGGUUGGCUUAAAAACCAGAACCAUAGCAUGCGGCCCCUCCCAGCCAGCUGCAUCUGUUUUAGACCCCACCAGCAAAGAGGCUGCAGAGGAUACAACGGAGCCUGCACCCCUGCAAGCCCAGGCCCAGGGCGGUGCCGGACUGGACCAUUACAUUGAGAGGGUUCAGAAGCUGCUGCAGGAGCAACAAAUGCUGCUGGCAGAGAACUACACUGAGCUGGCAGAAGCGUUCGGUCAGCCCCAGUCCCAGUUUGGGUCCAUCAACAGCCAACUGGUCAGUACGCUCACGUCCAUCAACUCGGUCAUGAAGUACGGGAGCGCCGAGGACAUCCUGAAGCUGCAGUGCGACUCCGUGGUCGCAAAGAAAGAGAACGAUGAGCAGCUGUUCUCUCAGCCCGUUUGUGUUUGGACCGAGACGGUGGAGGUUUCAGCAGAAACACCUGCCGCCGCCAGCUCGCCGGCGCUGCAGCAGCAGAUCAGUGCAGCCGAGCAGAAGAGUCGUAUGGACCUGCAGAUGUCCACGGCGCUACACGGGCAGCCCUGCAGUCAGAGCACCCUGAAAUCCAUCAUGAAGAAGAAAGACGGGCGACCCGGCUCCAACGGCACCAAGAAGAACCUACAGUUUGUCGGGGUGAAUGGAGGGUAUGAGACUACGUCAAGUGAUGACUCCAGCUCGGAGGACAGCAGCUCCUCUGGGUCGGAGGAGGAGGAAGAGGAGGAGGAGGAGGAAGAGCACAAGGACAUGGAGGAAGAGAGCACCAGGGAGGAGUUCCAGCCUGAGGGAGCAGAGGAUGUGGAUAAGAAGGACCAUGAAAGAUCAGAGAAGCAGGACACGAGAGAGAGAUAUGAGCUAAGUGAGAAGAUGGUGGCUGCCUGCAGUGUUCUCAAAACUCACCUCAGCGAUGCAAAGGCUGUGAGCAACAGAGAUCUGAGAGCCUGUCUGAACACGGUGCAGCACGAGUGGUUCCGCGUCUCCAGCCAGAAGGCGGCGCUGGCGCCCAUGGUUGAGGACUUCCUGGGGGGCUUCGCGGCCGUUUCGCCGGCAGUCCUCCGCCACAUAGUCAACAUGGCCGACGGUAACGGCAACACGGCGCUUCACUACAGCGUGUCCCACUCCAACUUCCAGGUGGUGAAGAAGCUGCUGGAUGCAGACGUGUGUAACGUGAACCAGCAGAACAAGGCCGGAUACACACCCAUCAUGCUUGCAGCGCUGGCUGCCGUGGAGACACCCAAGGACAUGCGUAUAGUGGAGGAGCUGUUCGGCAAAGGCGACGUUAACGCCCGAGCCAGCCAGGCGGGGCAGACGGGGCUGAUGCUGGCGGUCAGUCACGGCCGGAUGGACAUGGUCCGGGCCCUGCUCGCACACGGGGCCGACGUCAACGUCCAGGACGACGAGGGCUCCACGGCGCUGAUGUGCGCCAGCGAGCACGGCCACGUGGAGAUCGUCAAACUGCUGCUGGCUCAACCCGGCUGCGACGCCACGCUCAGCGACAACGACGAGAGCAACGCUCUGUCCAUAGCUCUGGAAGCCGGACACAAGGACAUCGCAGUGCUGCUCUACGCACACGUCAACUUCUCCAAAGCACAAUCACCAGGAACGCCCAGACUGGGCAGGAAGACGUCCCCCAGUCCCACCCGGAGGGGCCCGUUCGACUAGAGGUCCCGCCUCUGUCCACAAACCCUGCGCUGCUAUUGGUUCACACUAAACACGCCUUAGAGCCACAGCUGAAUAAGACACAAUCCUAAGCACCAAGAACCCACCCAGACCAUCAGAUCUAUUUUUCUAUGUUCACACCCCAUGUUUCCCAUGAGGCCCGCGGUGGUGGGCGCCUCGAGUGCUGAGCAAACCACUGGAAUUCAGAGCAACACAGACACAAACUCGCCCACUAAACAAAAGCUUCCUCCCUCAUUCUAGAGUUUUUUAACUUUUUUUUUUUUCUAAGGCUCAAUGUUGAUCAUUUAAGAGCAAUUUUUUUUGAUUGUGGCAGAUUAGACAGAUGGAGAAUAAUCCACCCACGUGAGAGGAAAUAUCUCGUGUACAUAUCGUUCACCUCGACAUCCUGGUUUUACCUUCACUUCCCGGCUCUAAAGCACAUGCCCAGUUCACACACAUCAAUAAACAGAGGUGACCAGAGAAAUUGUACUUUUAUACAAAUCCUUUCUAUUUAAAAAGUAUUUUGAAUAUCUCUUAUUACUAAACAAACCAUGAAGUUAUGUAUUUAUCAAAUAUAGUGUUUACUGCAGAUAUUAUGUAUUUCCUUGUACAUACGGUGGUCAUUAGUUCAGUUAUUCUCCGCGUCUGUGUCCAGUUUCUUUCUCUCUCGUUCUGGUGUAAUAUAUGCUGCUCUGGUAUUUAUCAAGGUACUGACUUUCAUCAUGAGAACUGAAGUGCCUGAUGCUUUUGCCAUAUAACAUUAAAUGCCGAUUAAAGUUAAUAAAUCACUGUUGAUGA